UACAUGUACAAGUACGUUUACAAAGGACCUGACCAAGCAACACUCCGUAUGGUACGGAACGAAAACGGUUUCGAUAACAGAGUGAUUGACGAGAUCGACGAAUUCGUGAACGCUAGAUACGUUCACUUGCCAGACUAUCAGAAUGUGACAUUCCAAGGAGGUAGGGAAGAAGAGGCAGUCCGUGGAGCAGACGACCAAGACACAACACUCACGGCAUUCUUCAAAUUGAACGAGGAAACGAACUUUUAUGUGGUAAACUCAUUGCCCCAGGUGCCAGAACUCUUCUCAUUUGACCAGAAGGAACGGAAGUGGAAAAUGAGACUAAGACAAAAUCGUCAAAUUGGGAGGAUGUAUACAGCGGAUCCUUCAGAUGUAGAACGGUACAGCCUCCGAAUUCUACUCUUGAAUAGGAGAGGGCCAAAAUCAUUCAGCGACCUGAGGACAGUCGACGGAGUUGUUCACGACACUUUUAAAGAAGCAGCUAAGGCUUUAGGGUUGAUGAAUGAUGAUUCUCACUACGAAAGCUGCUUACGCGAAGCAUCGGAGUUCCAUAUGCCAGCUCAACUUCGGUCCCUCUUCAGUAGCCUUCUAUGGUUCUGCUCUGUUAGUGAGCCAGAGCAGUUGUGGGAUAAAUUCAAGAGAAUGUUAGCAGAGGACUACAUUCAUAGAGGAAUUGGUGAAGAAGAAGGUGUUGUGCGGGCCUACUAUGAUAUUAUAGAUAAGAUGGCCGUCUGCGGUAAAAACCUAAUGAGCAUAAUCAGUCCAUCUUCUCAUGAAAGGCCUUCACUGCUCAAUGAGGAAGAGUUUACGGUAGACGAACACACUGCGCACGGAAGAUGA